AUGGCUCUAAUUGCCCUACAGUUCAUCAGUUCAACAAAGGCAGACAACUCUGGAGUCCUCGCCCGACUCCUGAAGAAAACCGAUAAAAAUCGUCCAGUGGUUUUGGUUUUAGGCAAUUCAGGUCGGAAUGAUAAGGUCCUAUCUAGAGAAGAUAGGCAUGACCAUAGCAAUCAUGGGAAGUCUGUACCAUACGAGUAUCUGAAGAAAUUGUUACAGGACGAUUCACAUGAGCUGCAUCACUCAAGAGACCAUAAGCAUCAUGAUAGAAAAGACAGAGACAACUACUAUAGACCCAGAUCUUACGAUAGAAAAUACAGAAACAGGUAUAGAUACAAUGACAAAAGAGACCGAAAAGAUAGAAACAGAAUCGAAAGGUACAGAGAAAGAAGUGACCGAUACCGACAGGAUGAUAGAAGGGAAAGGUCCAGGGAUAGAGAAGAUAGAUACAGAGAGUCAGAUAGGUAUACAUACUACAGAGAACGCCCACGGCUGAGGACGCAGGAUCAAGAUCAAGAUAAGAGAGUCCAGGAUCAAGAUAAGAGAGACCAGGAUCAGGAUAGAAGAGACCAAGAUCGGAGAGACCAGGAUAGGAGAGACCAAGACCGUAGAGACCAGGAUCAGGAUAGGAGAGAUCAAGAUCGCAGAGACCAGGAUCAGGAUAGGAGAGAUCAAGACCGGAGAGACCAGGAUCAGGAUAGGAGAGAUCAAGAUAGAAGAGAUCAAGACAGGAGAGACCAAGAUAGGAGAGACCAGGAUAGGAGAGACCAAGAUAGGAGAGACCAAGAUAGGAAAGAUCAAGAUAGGAGAGACCGAGUAGGCCAAGACAGAGUUGAUCCUCCAAGUGGAGGCAGUGCCAGUGCUCAGAUCCCAAUCGUCAAAAGUUUGCUAAGAUCUCUGAAUUGCAAUGCUAGAGAUGAAUGCGAAGAAACCUGCAAUAAUUAUCCUCCAAAGAGAAAGGACGAUUGUGAGGACCAGUGCGAGCAAAGGUACGAGUGUGAGGAAGAGGAUGAUUACGAAGACCCUUGCGAUGAUUGCAACGAGAACUCUGACUGUGGACGUCCAUCAUGCACAGGCAGUACCAGAGGUAUCACGCUGGUUACUGAAAAACCUGGAUGUAGUAGAUGUUAAAUAAACAUUUGCAAAUUAA